AUGGGAGCAGUACUUUCGAGACGUGCUGCGAGUAUUUCCGGAGAAACCGCCCUGUCCUCGGAGAGAAGUACAACCGCGGACGAGUGGUUCGACGCCACAAGUAGCUCUGCGGCGGCUACGAACGAGGGUGCGGCAGAUCCUUCCUGGUAUUGGUACGCCAGCGUGACGCCAGGACGCCUCAGGCUGAUUGUAUACCACUACCUGACUGUGAACUACCAGAUGAACUUCGUGGAUUUCAACACUGGCGCUACGCAGCACAUAGAGAGCCGCUGGCAGAAGUUUAAGAGGAUGGCAAAGCAGAAGUGCGGCAUCAACAACAGCAGCUACGCGGACUACCUCAAAGAAUUUCUUUGGAGGAAGAUGUUUGGCAAGCAUGAGGAGUCGCUCUACAAUUUCUGGAGGCAGGUGGCUGAUUUAUAUCCAGUCUCCUGUUGA